AUGAGAGAGAUCAUUCACAUUCAAGUGGGACAGUGUGGAAACCAGAUAGGAACCCAGUUCUGGGAGAGUAUUAGCAAGGAGCACGGUAUAGACAAGGACGGGCAGCAUGACGGUGUCAAUGACGUCAUGCUAAACCGAGCUGAUGUUUACUGGAACAGAGCUUCUCAGGGCAGGUUUGUACCCCGGUCAGUUAUAGUAGAUCUGGAGCCGGGUACGAUAGAAGCAGUUAAGGGCAGUGAGUGGGGCAGGAUCUUUAAUCCCUCCAACUAUAUACAUGGAGCAAGUGGGGCAGGGAACAACUGGGCUAAGGGUCACUACACAGAGGGGGCUGAGAUCAGUGAUCAGAUAUUGGACGUAGUUAGACUAGAAGCUGAAAGAUCAGAUUGUCUGCAGGGGUUCCAGUUUGUUCAUUCUAUUGGAGGCGGCACUGGCUCAGGUCUAGGAACCUUGCUGAUAGCUAAAAUGAUGGAAGAGUAUCCAGAUCGUAUUAACAUGAGCUUCUCCGUCUUCCCUUCUACCUUGGUGUCUGAUGUAGUUGUAGAACCGUACAAUGCAGUGUUUAGUCUUCACUCUCUGCUGGAGAACGCUACUGAGGUCUUCUUGUUGGAUAACGAGGCGCUGUAUAGACGGUGUGUAGAGGACCUGAAGAUACUGACCCCGAGCUACAGGGACCUCAACCGUCUCGUCAGUAGAGCUAUGACUGGGGUUACUGCUUCCCUCCGACUACCUGGACAGUUAAAUGCCGAUCUAAGAAAGCUAGCUACCAACCUUGUCCCAUUCCCUCGACUGAAAUUCUUCAUUCCAGGUUACGCCCCAUUGUCGGGUAAUCAGAGAUAUGAGAACUCUAACCUAGUCAAGGACCUGUUCAACCCUAAGAACAUGCUAGUUGCUUGCGACCCCAAACGUGGAGUUUAUCUUACUUGUGCUUGUAUAUUCCGAGGGAAGGAUUUGUCGAUGAGAGAGAUAGACCACCAGCUGAACCUAAUGCAAACCAAGGAAAGUGCUUCAUUUGUAGAGUGGAUACCUAACAACGUCAAGACAGCUGCUUGUGAUGUACCGCCUCCCGAGGGAGAGGGCGCGCAGAGUGGAACGUUUAUUGGUAACAACACAGCAGUGAUAGACAUAUUUGACAGACUACUAAACCAGUAUAAGAAGAUGUAUAAAAAGAGAGCCUUCGCUCACUGGUACUAUGGUGAGGGGAUGGACGAAAUGGAGUUUACUGAGGCGGAGACGAACAUAAAGGACAUGAUGCAAGAAUAUGAGAUGUACAGUUUGGACGAUGGAGAUGAUGAAUAUGAUGAGGGGGAGGAUGAGGUUUACAGUGGGGAAAUCUCAGGGGACAGCUACUAGUUUACUUGUCAGGACUUUAAUUUUUAGGUGUCUGUAAAUGUCAUUUUGUUAAGAAAGAG